AUGAUCCAAGAUCAGCAAAAGUUGACUCAAGACUUACUUUCCUUGAUCCCCAAUGUUGUCAGGGAGAUGCCUCCUAUUUCAGCGUCAGAGACUGAUUGCUUGGUCUCCACGACUCUCUGUUUGUACGACCCAACAUGGCCUAAGAGCAGUGAUGAUACCAAGAUAUAUUGUGGGCCAAGAGGAAGACAAGAGGAGGAGCAGUACGGCGUCUCAACAGAGUUAACUCUCUUCACCGAUCCAUGGACCAUCAAGAAGAAACUGACUAAAAGCGAACGCAGCCGUCAAAACUGUCUUCUUCUGAAUCCCAGAACCGUACAUAGCCACAUAGUGAGAUAUCUCCCUGAGGUUAACCAAAAGAUGGUCCACGAAGGCUCAGGGUUAACAGUCGACGUGUAUGAUCACAAUACUCACACUACGCACCAGAUGCUUCUAACGAACUGA